AUGUCCACCCAGUCCCCGUCGCAGCUCCUCCUCCUCGCCGACCACAUCAAGCUCUCCCUGCUCGAGCGCCGACGAGCCAUCUCCCUCCACCUGCCCCAGAACAGCCAAGACGGCCAAAUCGCGCGCUCCCUCGACCAGCUCUCCGCCGGGCUCUCGCACCUCGACGCCCAGCUCGCCUCGUCCGACGACCAGAGCCUGCGAGACCAGACGAACAGGAUACGCCAGCAGUACACGGAGCUGUACCGGCAGUUCAACGGCAGCGCUCCGCCGAGCGACGCCCUGACGCAGCCCAACGACCCGCGCCUGAGCGACGACUUCGCAGCCGCGCAGACGCGACGGCCGUCUGUCGCCCGGAAUCCGCCCUCGUCGCUCAAGCGCGCUGCAGGGCAGGGCAAGAAGGGCGUCCGGUUCACCGAUAGCCCUGACACCGCCGCCACCGCCGGCGCUGAUGACUCAACCCGUGCGAAGCUCUUCCCCUACAGAGACAACCCCGAAGAAGGCCUGCCUACCUCCACAACCCAGGGCGAGCUCGACAACCAGCAGAUCCACGCCUACCACAGCCAGGUGCUGCGCGAGCAGGACGAGCAGCUGGACCAGCUGGGCGAGUCGAUUGGCCGGCAGCGGGAGCUGUCCAUGCAGAUAGGGGAUGAGUUGGACGGCCAGGCGCUGUUGCUCGAUGAUGUUGAUGAGGGGGUUGAUCGGCAUCAGGGCCAGUUGGAUCGGGCGAAGAAGAGGUUGGGGAGGGUGGGGAGGAGGGCGAGGGAGAAUUGGAGUUUGAGUGUGAUUGUGGUGUUGAUUGUGAUACUGGUACUGUUGAUUGUGAUCUUGAAGUAG